AUUUGCACAUGGGAAAUUUGUAGAGCACUUUUUAUGUUAAUAGUAUAAGUUUGUUCUUGUAUGUUCCUGUUCUUCAUCAUCAUCAUCGGUCUAGGUUUACUGAAACUUGGAUCCUCAAUCAGAAAACCGGAAGGCGAAUCAGAUGGAGCUCUCUGCGGAGAUUCAAUCUAGCGGUUUAAGGAAGCGCAAGGCGGAGGAUGAUGGUGGCUCCACGCAGUCCCCGUUGGAUUCUUCUGGUGAUUUGGAAUAUGAUGAUGAUGACUUGAUGGAAGAAGAAGGUGAUGGGGAGGCAAGCGACGUGUCUAGCCGCGAAGAGGGCCAAGAAUGGGACGUUGAUAGUUUCGACGAUGGAUUCGAUUACAGACCCAAACGGAAUCUGGAUCCCAACGAUGAGAUAGGUCAAAAGAUGCAUCUAUAUAGAUCUCAGAUGUACCGUAGCAAGGGUUUCCAUGUGGAUCGAGAAAACUACCCUGGGAGUGUGAUGUACCGACCACUCGUUCCCAUUGAUCUUGAUAAACCAUUUUGGAACACUGGGCUUACAGGCCGGCCGUUCAUGCAGAACAUGGUGGAUCUGGCUCUAGAAAGAUACAACAGAAUCAAGGGAUCUACUGUGACUCGUGAAUAUAUUGUGAGGGCUAUAGUUUCCCUGGCGUCCGGAGUCAAAUCUUACAUUACUUUCAUGGCUAGAGAGUUUCCGGAUGGAGAUCUCGUGGAGUAUCAAGCCAAGACUGAGAAGAGGGUAUGGCAAAGGAAACCUCAUGUCAUAUUUUGCAGGCCAGCUCCAAAACCCAAAGAUCCCACGGAUGAUGAUUUUGUCUACACGGAUUCUUCAAGUGAUGAGGAGGAUAGUGACGCGUCCAGCCGUGGAAGUGGCCAAGAAUGGGAUGUUGAUAGUUUUGACGAUCAACCCGAAUACAAACUCCCAAGGGUGAAUAUUCCUUCUGAUGAUGAAGUUCAAAAAAUGCGCCUCUAUCGACCUCAGAUGUACAAAAGCAAGGGUUUCAACGUGGAUGGAGAAUGCUACUCUGGGAGAUUACAGGCCGUGAGUACAUGCAAAACAUGGUAGAUUUGGCUCUGGAAAGAUACAACAAUAUCAAGGGAUCCACUGUGACAUGUGAAUAUAUAGUGAGGGCCAAUCUGACCAAAGUGGGCGGAUUCAAGUCAUACAUCACUUUCAUGGCUAGAGAGGUUCCGGGUGGAGAUGUUGUGGAGUAUCAAGCUAAGACAGAGAGGAAGUUUACGCAAAGGAAACCUCAUGCCAUCUUUUGUAGGCCAAGUCCAAAUUCAAAAGCAAGGCGGCUGCAAAAUCACUGGUCUCGAGAAAGAUAUAUAUAUGCGGCUAGUUCCGAUUAUUUGUACGCAUCGUAGCAUAAGCAACUAAGCAUCUAUCAGAGCCGAGUCAAGGGGUCACUUCGUAAAACCUUCCAGCAAACGGACCCUUGUGACCGCUCAUAAGAAACCAUCAAACCAACAAGAGAUUUAUUGAUGCAUUCUAAGACGUAUGCAUUAGACAUAACAUAUCCUUCCGACGAAGACGUUGUCCAAACCGAUUGCAUGAGACAGUCUGAUCUCGUUCUUGGAAUACUGUGUUUUUUGUACAAACUAAAACUUGAUUUCACUUAUGGCAAGUAGAAUAGUUUAAUUUUCUUCCCAAAAAAAAAAAACCUGACUGUUUUAACUUUUAAAAUUGACUUGGCCUCAAAAAAAAGAGCUCAGUCCAUAUUAUCGCUCUUACAUUCA